CGACAGUCACGUGACAUAAGAUAGUUUGUAGGAGCCGAAAUAGUUGCCGCUGAUAUAACAGGACUCGAAAUUACUUGACUCCAAGUCGACUCCAUUCCUUAUCUCAUCUGUUCUUGCCAAAAAGUCACCUCGAUACCAAGCUUAUCUCUUGGAAUGGCUUCAGGAAUCAACUCAAGUGGCACAGUUGCUGUUUCCUUGCCAAGCAGAGAAGGAAACAUGAAUACCAAGCCACCAGUAUGGCCUUUGGACGCUAGUGGAGCACUUACACCACCACUGCCGGCGAGAUGUGACAGGAACGAUCGUCUCGACGGUAUCUGCUGCAAAGACUUGAAACCCGAGGAUGACCGCACGCUUAUUGAUCCUGAUAUCAUUCGUGAUAUUGUCAUCGGACUUUCAGAUGGCCUGACAGUACCCUUUGCUCUAGCAGCGGGACUUUCAUCUUUGGGCACCUCAAAAUUAGUUGUCGCUGGCGGAAUAGCCGAACUCAUUGCUGGUGCUAUCUCUAUGGGCAUUGGCGGCUUCUUAGCAUCUUCAGCAGAGCGGGAUCAUUACCAUUACAUGCGACGCCACACGUCGUUACGGGUGCAACGGAGCUGCGUUGGAGAAAUGGAAAGGGAAGUAUGCGCUGUACUUGGCCCUGUAGGUGUCGACGAGCAGACAUGUCAUGCGGUUACCAAGUGCCUCAGGGAUGUUGAAUCUGAACCAGAAGUCAGUGCAAACGGUUCAUCGUCAGACGAAGAAGCGCAGUUGUUGAGAUGGAAAGAUAAAGUCGGUCUCACACCAUUUUUACUUAAAUUUGGAGAGGGAAUGGAGGAAAUCCCGCUGCGUCGAGUAUACGUUUCAGCGCUGACAAUUGGUAUCGGGUACUUGAUUGGCGGAAUCAUUCCCCUUAUUCCAUACUUCUUUGUUCCGCAAGCGCAUGUAGCGCUCGUAUACUCUUCUAUUGUCACAGGCAUCGUUUUGUUGGUAUUCGGAGCUGUGAAAGCUCGUGUUACGGGUGCUGGACAGGGUGCUGGAGGCUACAUAUGGGGAGCAGUCAGCACUCUAUUAGUUGGCGGUACCGCUGCAGCAGCAGCUUACGCUCUUGUUGCUUGGCUGGAAGAAUAGUAGCCCUUUACAUCGAACUUGUACAAGUCGUUAUUCCAUAAUAUUUUGUGUUAUUGAUAAAUACCUUUAUCUUUCUUUUUACAAGCACCGCCGCCGCAUCAGAGGAUUGAGAUCGCCG